GGGGGGGCGCGCGCUCGCUGGCUCGCGCGUGUCUCCAGUAAGAGAGCGCGCAUCUGGAAAGCCGCAGCCGCGCAGUACAGCGCGAAUUUCCCCCCGUCUUACCAUGGUUUCAUCGAGUCCGCGAGUUGGAGCCAGCUGAUGUGCGAAGGAGCCCUCCGAGAUCGAUGUAGCGCCCACCGCCCCGUUCCUCAUGCUGCAGCUGCGGCGACGCCGAGCACGGCUGCUCUCCGGCCGGACCUGAGCUCUCCUGAAAGCGCGGCGCAUGUUCAGGUCCAAACGCUCGGCACUUGUGCGGCGACUCUGGAGAAGCCGUUUGAACCCAGACACUGAGGACGGAGAUGGCAGCGGGCGGUCCUGCGACACGGACUGCAACGAAGUGUGCGGCGCACCGCUGAGCCCCGGCAUUCCCGGUAGCAUUGCGGACCAAGACGGAGAGGAGGCGUGCGCCCCGGAGCGCGAGAGCGACUGCAGGACUGUGACUUGCUGUGGGCUCAAGGAGCGCGAGCCCCGUGCUGCAGCCAGCCCCGAAACGCCGCAACACGAGCUCAAAUGCGCCACCUACUCGCUGCUCAAGAGGCUCAAGGAGAAGUCGCUGGACACCCUGCUGGAGGCCGUGGAAUCUCGGGGCGGCACGCCGAGCGACUGCGUUCUGCUGUCCCGAACCGAAGUGCGGUUUGGCGAUCAAGUGGCUACCCCGCAACUGCUACUUUGCAGACUGUACCGCUGGGCGGACUUGCAGCAGCCGACCGAGCUGAAGCCCCUGUGUGUGUGCAAGAGUUUCGGGGCGCGGGACAGCUCCGUGCUGUGCUGCAACCCCUAUCACUGCAGCAGGCUCUGUGGGCCAGAGUCUCCUCCACCGCCGUACUCCAGGCUUUCUCCCACGGAAGAACUGAAGCCACUUGAUCUCUCCGAUUCAACACUGUCUUACACUGAAGCAGAGGCUACCAACUUCCUGAAUUGUUCACCUGGGUCAGAAGCCAGUAUGUCUCCAGAAAUGCCACAGAGGAAUCACUGGUGCAACGUGGCGUACUGGGAACACAGGGCACGUGUGGGGCGCCUGUAUACAGUGUAUGAACAGUCCAUCAGCAUCUUUUAUGACCUACCUCAUGGAAAUGGGUUCUGUUUGGGGCAGCUGAACCUAGAUAGCCGCAGCGAGACUGUCUGCCGCACGCGGAAGAAGAUCGGCUAUGGGAUCCUCCUGAGCAAGGAGGUGGAUGGGGUGUGGGCCUACAACCGCAGCGAACACCCCAUCUUUGUCAACUCUCCUACGCUGGACAUUCCGAACUGCAGGACUCUGAUAGUGCGAAAAGUCCUUCCUGGCUAUUCGAUUAAAGUAUUUGAUUAUGAGAAGUCUUGCCUCUUACAGCAUGGAGCUGACUUGGACUGUGCCGAUGGACCUUUUGACCCAAACAGUGUUCGGAUCAGUUUUGCAAAAGGCUGGGGUCCCUUCUACUCACGCCAGUUCAUCACGUCCUGCCCGUGCUGGCUUGAGAUCCUCCUCAGCAACCACAGAUAAGGACUUAUCCAAAUAUCACCUACCUAGAUUUAAUAUAAAGUUUUAUAUAUUAUAUGAAAUCUAUAUAUUAUACAUGUAAAUAUGGAGUCAUUUUUACAAUGUCAUUAUUUAUGUAUGGUGCAAUGUGUAUGAGAACUGAGAAAAAAGCGUUAAAAUGCACUUUGGCUUCAUCUAAAAUGUAAUUCGGAAUAUAAUGAAAAAUUAUACAGCAAAAGUAGUCAAGUCUAGUUUUGAUGUAUAGUUUUCACGUGCUAUUAAUAUCCAGGCAAAAAGCUAAUGCCAGUCACUUGGUAAUAAAGUAUUCACACCACACGCCUA